CACGCGCGCGCCGUACCGCCAUCACGUACCGCCGUAUCGUCAUGCAGCUCCUGCUAACGCUCCUCCUUGUCGGGACGAUUCCCAGCGGAUACGGAUUCCAGACGGAAGAGGAGAAGGUUAACACGCAAGAAAACGCCGUGCUGGCCCUUGAGUACGUGGAGAACGUGCGCAAUAGCCACUGCUCCGGAGGCACGGGCGAGGUUCUACCCAUUGAGUUCGAUCACGCGGUGUGGAACAGCCAAGCCCAGGUUGCCGUAAGAACGGCCAACUUUCUCACAAAGAUGUGGAUCAUCAACAACGGCACGCCACCGUUCAUCGACGAUAACUAUCUUUUCGGCAUGACCCGCUCCAACGUAGAAAUCGACCCAAUGAUAUUCGGCAGCGCGAUUGCCUUUGAGGAGUACACCUACCGAAACUAUCAGAAGGUGUCGUUUUACACGUUUGAGAAAUUCGAUCGAAUCAAUUCCUACGAUCUGUCCGUCAACUACGACUACCUCGGGCAGUUAAAUACAGAAUGGUACCACAUUCCGAAAAACAAGACGUACCAACCGCGGGAGGUGCUGGUUCAUAUAAACCACAGGUACAACUCAACCGGGAAUGAACACGCUCCUUUAGAAAUCUUCUCAGAGCCGCUUGCAAUGGUGGAAGACGGACAUUGGACGAAACCGUACUUUGACUGCGGUGGUGGCGACAUCUGGAUGGUGACAUUUUCUUCGCCCAUCUUUACUCGUGACAUCGCCAAUGCGUCGCAGUACAUUUUCGGCGGUGUCGCGACAGUCGACGUCGAACUCACAAACAUCGAUAUCAACCAGUGCGACGCGGAAGAGAUGGGGAGUUCCGGGUCGACGACAGCCGACGUAUUCCGCAACACUCAUCUCUGUCGACCGACGACAAAGUGCGUGCCGAGAAAGAAUCUAGGCUUCAUGAGUGGAACAUACUUCUGCGUCUGCGUAGAUGGCUACUACUUUCCGAACACGAGCGCAGAAGAGAAAGCAUUCGUUGGCUUCGACCUACAGCACGAGUAUAACCUUCAAAAGAAGUAUAAGAACAAUAGCUUCUCCACUGGGUUUCUGUGCCUGCCCUGCUCAGAGGGCUGUGAUACAUGUGUGGACGACUCGGCGUGCAUCGCGGCAUCAAACAUGAUAUUUCGGGGAGCUCUGCUAGCUAUCGUCUUCCUCGAUGUCAUCUUCGCAUUCAUCGUCAUGAUAGCCGUGUUCCUGUACAGGAAACAAAAGAUCAUCAAGGCGGCCAGUCCUUUCUUCUGCUACGUCAUCAUCGCCGGCAUGUUUUUGAUGUGUGCCGAGGUCAUCAUUGUGUUCUUCAAACCAACCGACCUUCUCUGCGAGAUGCGACCUUGGUUUCAUCACGUCGGCUACUUCACUACGUACGGCGCGCUCCUGCUGAGAACGUGGCGGAUUGCGGCACUCUUCAAGGUGAAAUCUGCCAAGCAAGUGAAACUUGGCGACAGUGCUUUGGCCAAGCGCUUGCUACCUAUUCUAGGUGUCACCAUCGCCUACCUGGUCGCAUGGCGGGUCAGCAGUCCGCCCUACGUCUACACCAUAAAGACACCCGAUGAUCUCAAGUUGUAUUACUGUUCAUCUAGUUGGUGGGACUAUGCAGCUAUUUUAGGACAGUGCCUUUUCCUGCUAUGGGGCGUUUACCUGUGUUACAGCGUUCGGAAAGCGCCAUCUAGCUUCAACGAAAGCAAAUUUAUAUCUUGGGCAAUUUACAAUACCAUAUUCAUGAACAACUUCUUACUAAUUAUAAGGCUGGUUAUGCUUGGCUCCCUUGGUCCAGAUCUGAUCUACUUGCUGCACGUUCUACAACUGCAAGUUCCAUGCACCAUUACACUUUUACUCAUUUUUGUUCCUAAGUUCUACAUGAUAGCACACGAGGGUCCGGAAGCUGAAGCUGGCACGGGAGUCACGGGAAGGCAAAAAGCGUCGGGAAUGUCAACAAACAAGGUCACGCCCGUGCAACCAGCCCCGGGUAGCUCGACCGGCGAAGAAAGCAUUAAUAAGUGAUAAGGCGAACAUACGAAGACUAUUAUUUUUCUUUUGUAAAUUACGAAUAAAGCUCACUUUCAGAGCAUAUAGCUUAAUUAUAUAACAAUACAGGCAGAUUUUAUUGCUACCCAAAAAGCUUUCGUGGUUAACAUGACUCCAGUUGUGGAGGGAAUACAGACAUGCUGUUGCAGAUGAAAGUUGUUCAACGAAAUCUAAUUUACUGACUCAGAACAUCAAUAAAAUAACUCAGCUUGAGCUUUUUCUAAAAUACACAAAAAGACUGUACGGGGACCCUAGAGCAUGUCUCCCACGACAUAUUUCUAAACCAACGGUGUAAGGAAUGCAUUCUGGAACAUCUUGUGGUAUUCACAAUAUAAGAUUAAAUAAGGAAAAUUGAUUGAAACACUCAAAAUAAUGUACGACUAUAAAAAUUCUAUAAUAAUAAUGUCUAAGCAAAACAAGUCAUUUACUCGCAGGAUCUGCCAUUGCUUACUGCCAAUUAAGUCCGUUUACUUUAUAUUUUUACCCUCCGCGAAGCGGCAUAAAAAUUCGCGGAGCCCACCGCUGCCCUUGAAUCAAAUGACUGCACUCCCUCCAACAUAACCUGUAUCAGUAUUAGAUUAGUAUGUUGGUAUAUAUAUAUAUAUA